CAGCUGCCGGGUUGCGAGAGGAGUCGCGCGUCCGGAGUUAAGUAGGGCAGAGAAGUCAUGGCUUCUCCGUCCAAAGGCAACGACCUGUUUUCGUCCGACGAGGAGGGCCCGGCUAUGGUGGCCGGGCCGGGCCCAGGGCCCGGGGGCGCCGAGGGGGGUGCCGAGGAGCGCCGCGUCAAGGUCUCCAGCCUGCCCUUUAGCGUGGAGGCGCUCAUGUCCGACAAGAAGCCGCCCAAGGAGGCGUCCCCGCGCCCGGCUGAAAGCGCCUCCGCCGCGGCCGCUGUGCGGCCACUGCUGCUGCCGGGACACGGCGCCCGGGAAGCUCACAGCCCCGGGUCGCUGGUCAAGCCCUUCGAGACUACCUCGGUCAAGUCGGAAAAUUCGGAAGACGGAGCUGCGUGGAUGCAGGAACCCGGCAGAUACUCGCCGCCGCCAAGACAUAUGAGCCCCACCACCUGCACCCUGCGGAAACACAAGACCAAUCGGAAGCCUCGGACGCCCUUCACCACGUCCCAGCUCCUGGCUCUGGAGCGCAAAUUCCGGCAGAAACAGUACCUCUCCAUUGCAGAGCGGGCCGAGUUCUCUAGCUCUCUGAACCUCACAGAGACCCAGGUCAAAAUCUGGUUCCAGAACCGGAGGGCCAAGGCAAAAAGACUGCAGGAAGCAGAACUGGAAAAGCUGAAAAUGGCUGCCAAACCCAUGCUGCCCUCGGGCUUUAGCCUCCCUUUCCCUAUCAACUCGCCCCUGCAAGCAGCAUCUCUCUACGGAGCGUCCUACCCUUUCCAUAGACCUGUGCUCCCCAUCCCACCCGUCGGACUCUAUGCCACGCCAGUCGGAUAUGGCAUGUACCACUUAUCCUAAGGAAGACCAGAUCAAUAGACUCUGAUAUGGAUGCUUGGUUUUAAAAGGGUUUUCCUUUCCAAGCAGGCAGCAGCAACCCAGUACUCCUGCAAACCCUGCCCCAUGCACCACCCUAAGUGGCCAGGCUGACAGGGCCCCGCCACAUAGUUUGAAUUGAUGUUCUUUAGGCUAGAGGCACCAAGCCCUGUCUUCUUGGUGUCCUCUUCCAGAUGCCCCCUUCUCCUAUCACAAAGAUUGGCUCUGACAGUUUUUAUAUAUAAGUAUAUAUAUAAUAAAAUAUAAUACAUUUUUAUACAGCUGACGUAAAAAUUCAAAUUAUUUUGAAAGGCAAAAUUUAUAUACAUAUAUAUCUAUAUAUAUACUUUUUUUUUUUCUGUAUCUCACCUUCCUAAAAAGACUGUUAAAGUUCAUUUGUUGCUUUUUUUUUUUUUUUUUUGGUAGGGGGAGACAAAUUACUUGCUAAAAUGAGUGCAAAUUUGCUGAUUUUAAUGGGAUGAUUGACUUCUGCUUAUGGAAAACAAAUAUUAGAAUUAGACAUAAUGUGCAUAGAAAGUAGAUAGAUUCUUUAAAGUGAUGGGGGCACCUCACGUUUUUGCAUGUUUAGGUGCAUAAAAAGUUUGUAUUUGGCACUAUGCCUCCCCCCCCACACACAUUGUUAAAGACUUACUUUGUUUUUGUUUUGUUGUAAGAUCAAUAAAAGGGAGAUGAGAAGAAUCCUGAGAAUGCCUGGGGGUAAGGAGGAAAAUGGGGGUGCUAUCUAAUUCUUCUUGAACGUUGUUACUUAACUCCAUUUCAGAUAAUUGGAGAGUGAAAAGUUAAAGCAUGUCGGGAGGAAUUGAGGGUUUCUGUGAAAUACCAAGUAUGUCAAUCCUCACGCAUUGCAAAGGUGAUCCCCCCCCAGGUAUGGAAUAAUUUUAUGCUUAAAAAGUGAACAUCUUAUAACUAUUGACUAUAUGCUAAGUAUUUUUGAACACUUGAUAGAUCCAGAAAAAAAAAAUGCUGUCUCUGUGUAUCUAUUGUAAGUGCUAAACUUAUUAGAAAAAUUUAUAUACUUUCUAACACGUUGGGGGCAGAGGGUAAAGCCAUGUUUUGACUUGCUAAAAAUGGUGUUGUCAAACAGCCCAUUUAGCUCCCUGGUAUUUCACCUUUGUAUCUACCACGCCCCCACCCACCCCCUCCAGCUGCCCCGGUAUACUUAACAUCCCUUUGAAAGGGUGCCUUGUACAAUUUUAUAUAUUUUAUUGAAGAGUUAUUUCAUAUCUCUUACUCUGAACUAAAUUAAACAUUUGUUUUAUUGCAGUAAAGUUUGUGCAAACUCACAA